AUGGCUGCACUGAGUUGUCUUCUGGACAGUGUUAGAAGGGACAUAAAGAAGGUGGACAGAGAACUAAGGCAGUUGAAAUGCAUCGACGAACUCAGCACACGAUGCCUGUGUGACUUGUACAUACACCCGUAUUGCUGCUGUGACUUGCACCCGUACCCGUACUGCCUGUGCUAUUCAAAGAGAUCACAGUCCUGCGGCCUGUGUGAUCUCUACCCAUGUUGCCCAUGUGAUGUCAAGCGUUACUGUCUUCGCCCGUCUCUCAGAAGUUUGGAGAGGAAAGCCAUUAGAGCUGUGGAAGAUGAAAAGAGAGAGCUUGCCAAAUUGAGAAGAACAACAAAUAGAACUCUAGACUCCUCUUGCUGUAGCAGUAACAUUUUAGGAUCAGUGAACGUAUGCGGCUUUGAACCCGAUCAAGUCAAGGUGCGAGUGAAAGACGGAAAGGUGUGCGUGUCAGCUGAGCGCGAGAACAGAUACGACUGCCUGGGAUCGAAAAAGUACAGCUACAUGAACAUCUGCAAAGAGUUCAGCUUGCCCCCGUGUGUAGACGAGAAGGACGUGACGUACUCCUACGGGCUCGGCAGUUGUGUACAGAUCGAGUCUCCCCGCUACCCUUGCACGUCUCCCUGCAACCCCUGUGAUCCCUGCAGCCCCUGUGACCCCUGCAACCCAUGCUAUCCCUGUAGGAGCCGGUUUUCCUGUAGGAAAAUGAUUCUGUGA